CGAACCUCCCAGAAGCAGGGACACAAGCCCAGGUGAAGACAAGCCCGUCUCAGCUCAUACCCACAGCUCCCCGGAGGGUGUGCUCUCGCUCGCGGUCACAAGUAACAAGCUUGGAUUUGGUCAGCCUCGGGUGUGUUCCUGACGGUCUUUGGGCUGGGGGGGGCACUGGUGUCCCUAAGGGCACCUCGGAGGUCUGCGAGCCCUGGAGUGACAUUCAGCAGUGCAGUGACUCAACAACCGAAGACGUUGGCUCGUCCUGCGUGGGGAGUGCUGAGAAGCAGACAAGCAGGAAAAUUCUGGAAAAUGAUAAUAAUGAACAUACUGCCUCCCAUCCUCACUGCUGCUUUCUGAAGCCCCAUUUUCCAGAUGACAAAACUGAGGCUUCGAGAAGUCAAGUCACUUGCCUAGCUCUCUUGAGCUCUCCGGAGGCAGGAUCCUCUGGCCUCACUCCCGUUCUUCUUCCCAGCUGCCCUCAGAGUGGCUGGGGACCAUUGUGACAACGCUGGGUGAGGGAAGCUCUUUGGUCACAAUGGGCAGAACUGGACCAUGCGGGGACACAGCCUCGGAAGGAACAUAUGAGCAUCUUCUGGGAGACCGGGGACACAGGGAGUCCAGAGGGUCAGGCCGGUGGCCAAGGGCAUUUCCUAAGACUCAUUAGUCCCCAUGCCACCCCUUGAGCAUUGUCUGUCACCCCCAUUGUCACCUCCACAAGAGCACUGGCUCUUGGUCUGUUUUGUGACCUGAUGUUCCCCCUGCCAAAGACCUAGAACAGGGCCUGGCACAUGGUGGCGACUUGUCCCCCGAUGGCGAUGGCCGCGGUCGCCCUCCUGCCAUGCCCGAUGUCCCGGCUGGACUUCCUCAAGGCCUCACACUUUGCACUAGGGCCGGAUCCGCGGCUGCACGUGGACGCCAUGCAACCCACGUCGCACCGGGACUUCCCGGCCUACCCGGGCGUCACCCGCGCGCUGUCGUGCCAGGAGCCGCCCGUCAGGUCCUCCUUCCGACAGGACACGCGCGCCGCAGGCGCGGAGCUCCAGUCGGAGGCGCACCGCGCGUUCGCGCCCCCGGCGCCGCAGCCGUCCGCGUCGUCGGGGACGCGGGAGCGCACCCUCGCCACGCCGGCCACCAACUUGAGCGUGUACGCGCCCGCACGCUCCCGUACCGGCCUCUCCACCGCGCGCGCGGACUUUGGCUGGCCGGAGCUGCCGGCGCGCGCCAGAGAGCAGAUCCGCGGCGCGCGCCUCAUCUUCGACCGCGACUCGGUGCCUCCCGGCGACCGAGCCAAGCUGCGCAUCCCGCCCACCACCUACCGGGCGCUUUUCCCGCCCCACGACGCGUGCCCGCGGCCCCGCGGGCCCUGCAGCCACUUCGGGGGCAGCAACGCACUCCAGUGGGACCACAGGAGACAGGACGAUGGGACCUCCUACCAGAGACAGUUUCAGGCCCUGCCAGGCCCACCUGCCUCGAUGUGUAAGAGGGCCUCCUCCAGUGUGGAGCUGGGAGACUCCAAGAUUGGCUAUGGGCCCGUGUGCUCCGAGCAGAAACAAGCCUACGGGCCCCAGGGUCUGCCCCCAGACAGGUAUGACAAGGCCCAGGCCUCGGCCCACAUCCACUAUGCGACUAUUCGUCCUGGAGAUGGGCUCUUCCGUGACAGGACCACCGAGGCUGAACACUUCUACCCCCGAGAGCCAGAACGUUUUGUUCUUCACCACGACCAGACUCCGGCAUCGCACAUCCUGGAAGGAAAUCGGUGCCCCGGCCCGGGCAGCCUCACCACCUCCGUGCACUUCUUCUACGGCCAGGUCAGCAGGAAGGGGGAGAAGGCCACAGGGCUCAUCAGGGACAAGGGUUCCCUAGACAGUACGGAUAGCAAGUGCAGAGGCCUUGAGCCACUGCCCGUGAACAAGCCACCCAGCUGUCACGUGCCUCACGAGAAACUGCAGAGUCACGUGGGCCUAGGGGAGUCCUCGCUGCUCGGACAGUUCUUCCAGACCUCCACUGGCACAGACUACUGCUCCCCGGGCACCAUCCAGAAGCCGCAGAGAGCGCCCACUCUCCACUUGCUGCCUAGCAACCUGCCCCGGGGCACCGGCGAAACAGAUUUUUUAACCACGAACCAGAAGAUGCUGAAGCCGCAUAGAACAGCUCCCGCCUCCGUGACUGACGAGAUGCUACAGCGGUGCAAGUAUAACCACGUUGAGCCCCCGCUGGGUGGACAGCGCUUCUUCUCAACCCAAUACGAGGAUGGGUUUGCCUUCAAGUUCCAGGGCCCAGCGGUGCUGAGAUCGGCCAACCUCCAGGACAGCCAUAUGCCUCUGGGCUCCCCCCGCCAGUGGGUCUGUGGGGCUGGGAAGGUAGACCCUCAGACCCCCCAGCCCCCUACUUACCCAUGCCCUAGCCAGCAAUAAACACUGCCUUGGCAACA